GCGCACAGCUUUUUCACAUCAGCACAACGUGGGCCAUCAUUAACAUCUUUGCAUUUUGGAUUUGCUGAGGAAAUCUGAUGUGCAUGUUUCUCCCCAUUAGCUCAUUCAGCUCAUGCGACUUGUUUCACUCAUGUGACCUCUUAUUACGUAUCCAUCAUUCCAUUUUUCUUUCCCAUUAGAGUGAAAUUGGACACAGCCCUCCUCCUGCCUACACCCCUAUGUCAGGAGUCAUGAUGUCGAAAUUUCCUUGCACGCCCUUGCUGAGAAGCAGAAUGAACCAGUUCGUGUACAGAGAUGGCGGCUAUGCUGCAGAGCAGGGAGUGCCGAUGCCGUACAGAGCUCCUGGCUGCAUCAUCCCAGAAGCCCCAGUUGCUCAGGGGGCGACAGCAGAGAUCUUUGAAGACACCUGCUGCAACGGCACGCUGCGGAAGCAGGUGGCCACGCUGGCAAAGGAGGACAGCAGCACCCAGAGGUACAGCGCUGAUCCCACAGUCUUCAUACCAGAGCGGGUGAUCCGGGGAGAGCUGGAUGAGGACGGCUACAUGACGCCAAUGCGAGACAAACCCAAACAG